AUGGGCAAGAAAAGAGUACAAGCAUGCAUCUCAGUCGACAUCGACGCCGUAGCUGGCUGGCUGGGAUCGUAUGGAGGUGAAGACUCCACGUCCGACAUCAGCCGCGGGCUCUUCGCCGGUACCAUUGGAGUUCGGAGACUACUCAAGAUGUUCGAAAAGUACAACAUCACGACCACAUGGUUCAUUCCCGGCCACAGUCUCGAGACCUUCCCCGAAGAAUGUCGGAUGAUCGUCGACGCCGGCCAUGAGAUUGGCCUUCAUGGGUACUCGCACGAGAAUCCUCAGGAGAUGACAUUGGAGCAACAGACUGCUAUCAUGGACAAGUGCUAUAAGCUCAUCACGGACUUCCAGAAUGGCAAGCCGCCAAGAGGGAUCGUUGCGCCUUGGUGGGAGUCUUCUCAGGAGGGGGCGGAGUUGAUGUUGAAGUAUGGCCUGGAGUAUGAUCAUUCUUUCUCGCAUCAUGACUGCCAGUGUUACUGGCUACGAACUGGCGAUGAGUGGGCGAAGAUCGACUUCAAGCAGCAUCCGGAAACUUGGAUGAAGCCAUUGACUGGCGGACCUAUGACUGGCUUGGUCGAGAUCCCGGCUUCUUGGUAUUUGGACGAUCUACCGCCGAUGAUGUUCAUCAAGAAGGCUCCCAAUAGUCAUGGGUGGGUCAAUCCUAGAGACGUUGAGGAGCUGUGGAUGGACCAGUUCAAUUACUUUUACCGGGAGUAUGACGACUUCGUGUUUCCAGUCACUGUGCAUCCAGAUGUGUGUGGCCACCCACAUGGUCUGUUGAUGUUGGAGAGGAUCAUCGAGAAGAUCAACAAGCACGAAGGCGUGGAAUGGGUAACCAUGGAACAGAUAUGCGACGACUUUAAAUCAAAGUCCACAGCACCAACAGGCGCCCUUAUGCCUGCAGCACCGGGAGCCAUCCUCAACGAUCCAAACUUGCAAUUGCAGAAGCAGCAAUAG